UCUUUGUCCCCUGACCUAGUCCAUUGCACACAGCGGAGGAAACCCUGUGCCGCCGCGAGCCGCCAUCUUGGAUAGGCAGAUCCUACUUGAGCCAGGAUAACCCGUAAAACAACUCCUCCGAAUUGCUUCGCUUCCAGGCCUCAAGGCUUCUUUUCUGAGCCACAAUGGCUACGGCACCGUACAACUACUCCUACAUUUUCAAAUACAUCAUCAUUGGCGACAUGGGGGUAGGCAAGUCAUGUUUGCUUCACCAGUUCACAGAAAAGAAAUUCAUGGCAGACUGCCCCCACACCAUCGGCGUGGAGUUCGGCACGAGGAUAAUCGAGGUGAGCGGCCAGAAAAUCAAGCUGCAGAUCUGGGACACGGCCGGACAGGAGCGCUUUCGGGCAGUCACUCGCUCGUAUUACCGUGGCGCGGCGGGAGCGCUGAUGGUCUACGACAUCACAAGGAGAAGCACGUACAAUCACCUCAGCAGCUGGUUGACCGACGCCAGAAACCUCACCAAUCCCAACACGGUUAUCAUUCUCAUAGGAAACAAAGCAGACUUGGAAGCCCAACGGGACGUCACGUAUGAGGAAGCCAAACAGUUUGCUGAAGAGAACGGUCUGCUCUUCCUGGAAGCUAGUGCAAAAACGGGUGAAAAUGUGGAGGACGCCUUCCUGGAGGCAGCCAAGAAGAUCUACCAGAACAUCCAAGACGGCAGCCUGGACCUGAAUGCCGCCGAGUCGGGCGUCCAGCACAAGCCGUCGGCCCCGCAGGGUGGCCGGCUAACCAGCGAACCACAACCUCAGAGAGAAGGCUGUGGAUGCUAAUGACCAAGCAACAUCCCCUCCCACACCAAAUCCAGCCAAGACCACCACCCCUGCCUCUCUUCCUAUGUAACCCUCCAACUUUUUGUUCCUAUCAUCUCACGACCCCAUAUUCAUUACAUUUAUCUUUUUGUUUUUACAGCCCCAAAUAAUAACUUUUCUAUGAAUCAAACCUAAAUUAUCCCAAUUCCCUUUCCCGUGCUCCCUAUUACUGGAGGGCUGGUUUUGUCGGCUCAGGACAAUGAAGGCGCGGAUGCCAUUUUAGGGAUCUCUUCUAAGAAGGUGUGACUUGGCUCUCGAUUUGUCACGGGGGAAAAACACUGCUUUUCCCUUUUCUUGAGCACGUCCUCCUCAUUAGCCUAGCCCAGCUAACCUUUGGCAAGAGAAGCGGGGUACACUCUGGACUAGUCGCCAGCCAAUGGCAGGGCACAUUUACACAUAUUCUCUCAUAGACGAUUUAAACUUUUAACAAUCCUAAACUUGCUUUGGCAAGAGAAACCGUACACACUGUACUGGUUCCCAGUCAGCCACUGCAUAUAGAGACAUGCAUUCACUUUGAUACCAAUGGACAAUUUAGUGUUCAAUGAACUUUUUGGGCAGAAGGAUACACUCUGGAAUAGUUGUCAAUUGCAAGAUGUACAUUGGCAGAUGCCUUUGCUGGUCCAUCACACUUGGGUAUAUUUAAAAAUCCAUUCUAAAAUCAAAAGUACACCUGACUACUCUUCGGUCAGUCGCUACAUGUAUAGACAAAAUGAGGAUUCACACAUCAGUAACACUCGCAAACAACCAUUCACAACCUCACGAACGUUAUGGAGGUUGGAACUCCCGUUCGAUAAAUGUCACUAAAUUAAAAUGAAAGCAUUUGCACCCUCAUAUCAUAAGCACCAUUUUGUUUGUUGCCUUAUUAGUAUUCAUCUACUCCUGCAAUUUGACUUGCUCAAAUCAGCUUGUUUCAAAAGCAGCAUGACCUUGACUGGUCCUGAAAAGGCCGCUUUGUAUAUUACCCCAUGCAGCAGCUGCAUUUGCCCCGCUACCCCUUAACAAGCUGAAAAGUUUCCCGUUUUGUGUAUUAUAGUGACUCCUGAUUGGGUGGCUGUGUAUAUAAAUCUUAACUCUGUGGUGUUGCCCUGGCUGGGUUGGAUCUGGACAUUGUACAGUAUGAUUUGUUAGUAGCGGGUUGCCUGUAAGUCGAUGCUUGGGGAGGGGGGAUAUUCUGUAACAUAGUUUCUAUUAUUAAUAAUAAAUGUAUUUCAAGGAGACACACACACACACAUCCACUUAAUCCCACCUUCCAUCUGCACACUACUGAACUUUGCCAGGUUUAUAAUCAUGUGCAAAAUUGUAUUUAUUUUGAGUCCUCCAUUACGGUCUUAAUUUUUUUUUAAAGGGUCUUUAGCACCCCUCUGUCUGAAUGACCACUUUCUGCUUUUGUCUGUCCCGCGACUAAAGAUAAACGUACAUAUGUAUACAUUUUUGAAAGGAGCCGUGCUAACGUUUAAAAGCAUUUUUUUUUUUUUUUUGCGUGUAUAUGAUUUUUAAAUUUUGAUUUUAAUGACAAAAAGACAUAGACAGAAAGAAAAAAUAAAUUCUACAUAACCUGUCUACAUCUCGUCUGUGUUUUGAGUCGCACUUCAUUGAGUUUAGAAUUUAGAGGAUCAUGUAUGGCAUGAGAUGAAAAACUCGUACUUGACACUUCUUGCACGCACACACUAAAAAAAAAUACUGUACAUAUUUCUUACCUGCUCAUUCAGAUGCACACUACCAAAACUUUCACACAAUCUGAAAAACACUGUAGAGUCUUGUGAUGUCUUGAAGAUGCUACUGAUGGCUUUUAAUAAAUGGACAUAUUCCGGUCAAGAGUCCACUAUGUUCCUCAGUACAUGCUGAGGACAAUUUUUUUUUUUUUUUUGGUAUGGCCAUUUAACAUCAGUCUUUAAGGCACAAAGUAUUAAAAAAAAAAAUAAAAAUACACACUCAACUUACUGUUCUUGGCUGUCGUCACUGUAUGGCGACGUAGUGGAAAAAGACCAGGAAAUAAAGGGAUUCCCGCAGAAGGGAGGAAAAUACUUUCUCACGAGUCAGGGUUUCCCAAAUAUUUUCAGUUCCAUCCAGGGACUCUAAAUUAGUCGAAAUACAAUAAGGCAGGGCAUCACAUUACAUCAGGCGCAAACGUUGUACAGUUGGAAGAUCUCUACUGAGUUAUUAUCAACUUACUUUCAGGUAGUUUGUCCAACAACAGGUGUAAGGGGCUAAGACUGGGAUGAAGAAUUGAAUACGGCAUAGAAGACUAGCAAUUUACAGAUUUGGACAAGGAUUGGAUAAAACCAAAACCACCAGUAACGUCAGUCUUUUUUAAAUUGCCACAGUUAGUGGUUGCUGGUUAAAUUACCUGCCAUGUUUAUUCAUAAAGGAGGUUAAAACCUAAAAAAAAAAACUAAGAUUUAGUUAAACGCUUUCACUUAGGACUAAAUAUUCGCUCUCAGACAUUUAGGUGAAUAUACUGUACACAAUACCAUGUGUAGUUCUGGGCAAUAUUGAAAAACAUCUAACACAAUACAGUCAUGGAUGAAAUUAUUGGCACACCUGGAAUUUUUUAGAGAAAAUACAGCAUUUCUCACAGAAAUUAAUGUUAUUAAAAAUGUUUUCAGUAUGAAUGUGUUCAUUUCUUGGAUGUGCAUUGGAAAAACAAAACUGGUUAAAAGAAAAGCCAAAAUGUACACAAUUUUACAUGGAAUGCAAAAAAAUGGUCUGGACAAAAUUGUUGGCACCUCAACUCAAUAUUUGGUUGCGCAUCCUUUAGAAUAAGAGAAAGCAAUCGCUUCCUAUGACCAUCAACAAGUCUUGUGCACCUCAGAUGGAAUUUUGGACCAUUUGACAGUGUGCAAGGAGUCAUGAAAUAUGAAGACUAUCAAAAUGUUUUGGGCCUGUCAUGGGUGUUCCAACAGGACAUUGACCCCAAACAUACCUCAAAUAGCACUGAGAAAUGGAGACUUGUGCCAGAAAAAAAGAAUGAGGCCUACAAAGAAAACACUGUACCUAUAGUCAAACAUGCUGGAGGUCCAGUGAUGUUUUGGGGUAGUUUUGCUGCCUCUGGCACUGGGUGCCUUGACUGUGUGCAAGGAGUCAUGAAAUAUGGCGACUGUUUUGGGCUGCAAUGUAGGAUGUAAUGUCAGAAAAUUGGGUCUCUUUUAGAGAUCAUGGAUGAUCCAACAGGACAAUGACCCCAAAAAUACCUCAAACAGCACCAAGAAAUAGCUGGAGACAAAGCAAGGGAGAAUUCUGAAGUGGCCAUCAAUAAGUCCGGAUCUAAAUCGUAUUGAACGCAAUGGAGAGAUCUCAAAAUUCCUGUUGCAGGAAGGCACCCUUCAAAUCUGAAAGACCUGGAACAGUUCGCAAAAGGAAAGUGGUCCAAUAUUCCAUCAGAGAGGUGCACGAGACUUGUUGAUGGAUUUUGGAAGCGAUUGCUUUCUGAUUUAUUCUAAAGGAUGCGCACCCAAAUAUUGAGUUGAAGUGCAAAAUUGUGGCUUUUUUUUUGUGUUUUUCCGAUCCACACCCAAGAAAUGAACACA